AUGGCGUCUAAUAGGUCAGAUGUUGAACAAACACCAUCCACGGAGUCAUUCUUACAGGACCCAAGACUACUACAACAUUUCAAUAUCACUUCCGCUCCUUUAUCACCAACUAAUUUGAAUGAACUAAUUGAUCAAUCUCAACAAGAUAAUACAACAUCACCGGUUGUAAUAGAAGGUAAAGGAUGGUUAGACAACUACUCAGUCCCAUAUAGUCUAAUAAGCUAUAAAUUAUCUAAUGAAAAAUCGACUAAAAUAGAUUUCAAUGAAAAUGAACGAGAUUUACAAUAUGUUUUCACACCACAAUUAAAUUUAGCAGAAAUUGAACAUUCAGCAUUUGGAAGAAAAGAUUCUACAGUAUCUUCAGAAACUAAUCAACAAGAAGAAGAAGAAAAUAAUCAAGCAAUAACUCCAGAAAUUCAAAUUGCAAAAGAAAAAUUAUUACAAAAAUCAGAUGAAAAAAUUGAUGCUUAUUCUGGUUAUAUUACAACUCCAAAAAUAUCUUUCAAUGUUCCAAAUCUGAUUAGAAAUGAUAAAAGAAAGUUAAAAAAAUUAUCAGAUGUUCCAAAAGUAUGUUUUCAAAAUUUAUUUGCAAUUGAUGAUGUAAGUUAUAUGUUUGGAGGAUUAUAUGUUACAAAAUUUUCAAAUUUUAAUCAUUUAGGUUUAAAUUCUGAUAUUGAUUUAAAAAAAAUUGCUAUAUAUUUCCCAUAUGAUGUUCCUCCUUUUUUAGAUCUGAAAAUGUUAACUAGUCCUUUUUUACAACCACAUCCUCAUUUUGUAAGAUAUAAUGCUAUGAGAGGUACUUGUACAUAUAUGGAUACAACUAAUCUUGGAGAUUUUCCUGGUCAUUUACUAUCAAUGACAUCAACACAAAUUUCACCAAAACAAUUUUUUUUUUAUGGUGGUUUUCAUAUUAAAGAUUUAUCUAUAAAAUAUCAUGCAGAUAUAGAUAAAUGGAUCAUUAAAAAGAAAUUAAUUAUGAAUGAAGAUGGAUAUAUUUUAGAUACAAUCACUUUAAAAUUCACUAAAGUAUUUCUUGAAAGAAAUAAAAAUACAAUAAAUGUUGGAAGAAUAGGUACUGGUAUUUGUUCAAAUAUUUAUGAUUUACAAAAUGCUGAAAAAGAUAGAAUAUUGGAACAUGGAGUAGCACUGCCACCACAUUCAGAUAUGAGAGAUCGUGCAAAUAGUUCACCUGUGACUAGGAAUACAACUAAUACUACAAAAAGACCAACAGGUCGGGAUUCACCAAUCUUAAAUAGAGAUGACGAUCUAUAUUCUCAGCAGACACCACAAUCUCAACAAACACCACAAUAUCCGCAACCGCAACAUACUCCACAAAACACUCAACAACCUCAACAACCUCAACCCCAGCAACCAAUACCUUCAAAAAAUGAAGAAAAAGAAAUAAAACCAAAACUCCACAAAAUCGUCACAACUCAAUCUACAGGGUCAUUAACUGAAUCAAAAAACUCGUCAUCAUCAAGUUCUUCCAAAAUGGAUAAGUUUAAAAAUAAAUUUCAUAGAAAUAAUUUGAAAAACACAUAUUCUCAAAAAGUUCGAGAAAAAAGAUCAAAUUCAACAAAUAAUAGUUCUAACGCAAGUAGUAGAGCAGUUUCUCCAAUUUUAAAUCCAACUCAAACUCCUCAACAAUCAAAUCAUUCAAAUAAUACAAGUAGUUUGAAUUCAGCUGCCGCUAGCUCAACCAUAAACUCCCAAAAAGAGACUAAUGUCCCUACUACUCCUUCACAACAACAACAACCACAAACACAGCACCCGCAACCAAAUUCGACAAAUACUUCAUCAUCAUCAACUAACGUUCCACAAUCAACUACACCAACAUUAACUACCCAAUCACCAAUUACAUCACCAACUUUCUCAACAAGACCAAUAACUCCUUUAUUAUAUAAUCAGAAUAAAUUUAAAUAUGAUCAAAGUGGAAGAUCUUCACCAAAUAAAGAUGUUAUUGAAUUUGUUCGAACACAUCAUCAAGAUAAUGAAUAUAAAAAUCAAUCACCUUAUGGAAAUUUUGAUGAACAAUCUCAAGAAGAAUUUGUUGGAAAUAAUAAUAACUCAAGAUCCAAAUCUCCUCCAAAUCCUUUAUUUAAUGAUUCAAAUUCAUUAUCAGGAGUUUGUAUAUUUGUAUUUGGUGGUUUUAUAUUAGAAGAAAACCCAGAUAAUGAAGGUAUAUAUCAUUUUAAAUCAAAUAAUGAUAUGUUAAAAAUUGAUCUAUCAACAAAAGAAGAACAUAAUAUCCUUAAUAUUAUAUCUUUUUCAAAUAAUGCAAUAGUUACAAAAAUUGGAUCUGAUCCAAAUACUUGUGAUAUAGUACUAAAUCAAGAUGAAAAUUGGCCAAGUCCAAGAGGAUUUUUUGCAAGUAUUAUGAUUGAUAAUACUAGAGGAAUAGAUGAAAGAUGUAUACUUGAUGUAAGUAGAUAUGAUGAUCAAUUUCUACAACAACAAGCUCAACAACAAGCUCAACAACAACAACAAGCUCAAACACCACAAAGAAGUUCAUCACCUGCUUUAAGUAUAAGUGGAAGUUCAGCAUCAUUUCAAGUUGGUAGUGCACCAAGUGAAAUCUUACAAGAUGAUGAACCAUUACAAAUUCAACAAUUUUUCAAAAAGAAAACAUUUAUUGUACAAGGAGGAUGUAAUGAAAAUAAUGAAUUUUUUAGUGAUUUUUUCAAAUUUGAUUUUAAUAAAUGUAAAUGGGAAAAAAUUAUAACUUAUGCAUAUGAUUAUUAUAAUAAACCCCUUUUAGAAAAUGGUGAUGAAGAUUUAGAAUAUUUAACAAUGGAUAAUAUUGUAUCUAAUCCCACGUUAAAAGAAGCAGAAUUAAGAUGUUGUCAUCAUACAUGUUUAUAUUAUCAAAAUGAAGAAAGAGAUUAUUUAUUUUUUUUAGGUGGUAUAAAACCAGAUCAAUUAAGAUAUUUUGAUUCCAAACCUUAUAAAAGUAAUAAAUUUGAUAUAACAAGAUUUUCAAAAUUACCAUUAAUUACAAAUAAUACAAAUAUAAUGAGAAUUGCAGUAUUAAAUAUUCAAACUCAAACUUGGAGAUUUAUGAGAUAUUAUUAUGAUAUAAAUCAUUCAAUGAGUCAAUCUUAUGUUAAUAGAAUGUUACAAAAUCCUGUAUUUAUGAAUUCAAGAAUUUCUCAUAUUAAUGGUACAACAAAUUUAACUGGUAAAACUCUUACAUUAAGUCAAGGUUUAGUUAUUAUUUCACCUUGUAAAAAAGAUGAUAUGGAAAAAUUAAAAAAAGAAAUUCCUGUUGAUGAAAUGUUUUGGGGUGGUCAAGUUCAAGUUACAUUUGCUGGUUUAUAA